CUACGCACUCGUGGAGUUGAGCUCUCUUUUGUUUUGAAAGGGGCCGCCGGAAGUGUUGCGCGCCUCGGCCUCUCGGCGUGAAAUUCCUCAAGAUUGGGUUGGCGUCUUUGUUUGACGACGCGAAAGUCGUCGAAAGUUCGUCGCCGAAAGAAGCCAGCGAGAGUCGUCAUCGUCUGGAGCUCGAAGCCCAAAGUGCGCCGGUCGCAGAGCAAAAAAGGCACGACGGCCGGCGGGAACCGAGCGCGACGAAAAGAUGCGGCGCUGACGAGAUGGAGGACGGGCGCGGCGAGCGGGAGGACUCGGCGCCGUCCCGGCGCGACGUUUCGGGCCUUCCCAUCAUGCACUGGGAGGCGCUGAGCCUUCGCAUUGCCGAGCUGGAGAAGCAAGAGGAGGAGAAGAAAGAUAAACUGGCGAAGAGCGCGUCGGCGUCUCUGGACCGCGGCCGAGCUCCCGUCGGCUCCGCGGGCGGGAGGCGAGACAGCCGGGAGGACACGCGGCGACGCCACCGCUACCGGCGGGAGGACGACGACGACGACGGCGGCGGCGGCGACCACGUGUCGGCCCUCGGCUCGCGGAUGCAGACGCAGAUGAACCUUCAGCUCUGCUUCAUCAACAACAGCGAGAGUGACGAAGAGGAGGAGGAGGAAGAAGAGCCAGACGCCGCCGCCGCCGCCGCUGCCGUUCCGGGGGCGAGCGCGGUCACGGGUCGCCAGACCCCCGCGCCGGCGCACAAGUCGGAGAAAAGCAAGUCGGGAGGCUUCCGGAACACUUGGCGAAGACUGCGUCAGCGCCUGCGGGCGGACAACAAGGCGGCGGCGGCGGCGGCGAAUCCCACCGGUGCCGACCGGACGGACCUCGCCGGACGCUGGCGGCGCGGCGACGUCCGCGAGUUGACCCUCGUCGAGCUCCGCGCUCGACGUUCCUUCCUCGCGCAGACUGUCCAAGAGCUCAGCUCGGACCUGGUGGCCGGACUGCAGGUGCGAGACCAGCUGAGGACGGAGCAGGACGCCAUGUUGCUGGAGCUCCAGGACCUCACGUCGCCGGGGAGCCCGCUCGGCGCCGCGGUCGGGACCGUCUGACCGGAACGGAGGUCCUCGGAAAGAAACGACCGGACGGGACCCGGACGGGACCCGAACGGAACAGGACCUGACGGGACCGGGCGGGACCGGGCCGGCUUUUGCAGUUUGGACACGUUUGUAUCUUGGGCACGCGGAAAGGCAAUUUUCAGCUUUUUUCUAUUCGCGCUGUUAGCGGCGGAUGUUUUCCGUGCGGGGACGUCAGCGCGGUCGGCGGGCUCGUCGCAACGGCCUCGCGCACGCUCGACGUCUCCUCGACGAAAUCCUUCCGGAACGUUUGCACUUUUCCAAUCGGGUCAGACCGCGAAGGUCCACGUCGAGCCCCCGAGCGGCCGCUUUGCUUUUAUUGGGACUUUGGCUUCAGCGGGAAACUUGGCACUAUUGAGCGGCGGGUGUGGAAUUCGUUUGAGUUCAGGGGUCACCGUGACCCCCAUUUUCAAGUUCGAGUCCCUUUGACGGUCCGACGUCUUCUCCGUGUCGUGCUGUAGAAGGAUCAACUUCCCCUCGGACCCGAAGAGGUGGGCCUCCCGAGCCACCAAGUGCAACAAUUUUGCUGAAACUAAUUAGAAGUCAAUUCUCAUUUCUCGAUUCUUAUUCCGGAAUGUGUCAAGUUUUCAGUUUGCAUCUGCAUUGUGUGUGUGUGCGCUGCUUUUUAUUUUGUAUUUUUUUUUUUU